AUGCCUUCCCAUACUGGGACAAUUGGGGUGCUUGAUGCCCUUCCUGGGUCCCUACCUAUAUCCAUUGUACCAGAUGAUGUGAACCCCGAGACCGUAGCGGUCUCCUGUAUCGCAGGUCUGCAUUUACUCACCGCUGCCGACUUCAUUGGCGAUGCUCUGUGGAAGGACCUGUACUCUCUGACGGGACUGCCAAGAACAUUUUCCACUGCAAAAACGAUUGAAGCAGCUUGGAACGAUGUUUCCAGAAUCCAUAAGCCCUCUGAUUUCACGUUUACCCCAGGCACAGCGGAGAUUGUGCGGAGAAUGCCAAAAUUGUCUUGGGUGGAAGCCAGAUUUACUUUCCAGACAAGAGGUUGCCCAGCUUCCUUUUGCUCCGGCAUGGUCUCCCUUGUACCUGACGGGGAAGGCGGGUGGAAGAUAUGGAUUCUGAGAACCAUCCUGGAGAGGCUUAAAGGGCAUCUUGAUGUUGAUACACCGAGUCCUCAGGCAAGGAUCAUUAACCCGGAGGCCAAUCAGUUUGACUGUCUGGUAGUUGGUGCUGGCCAGUGUGGAUUAUCCACUGCGGGGCGGUUACAGUCACUGGGGGUUAACUAUCUUCUCAUUGACAAGAACGAUAACAUAGGGGAUAACUGGCUUUUGAGAUACGACUCAAUGAAGUUACACACACUCAGAGCAUAUGCGCACCUCCCAUUCGAGCGGACGUUUCCCGAGUCCUAUCCAGAGCUCCUGUCCAAAUACGAUCUUGCGAAGCGCUAUAAAUUAUGGUCUGACAUGCUCGGCAUUAAUGUCUGGCUCUCGUCACAAUUGACGUCUGGUUCCUGGGACAAAGACGGGAAGAGAUGGAAUCUGAUAAUUCGUCGUAAAGAUGGGGAAACAUGCGUCGUAGUCCGUCACCUCGUCCUUGCGACUGGAGCCGGGGGUCAAACUCCAGUGGCACCCACAUUUCCUGAAAGGGAAAAGUUUGGAGGCUUGGUUCUCCAUUCCGUUGAUUAUAGAUCUGCGUCUCAAUGGAAGGGGAAGUCGGCAGUGGUUGUUGGCUCUGCAAAUACUGCUCAUGAUAUAUGUGCUGAUAUGGUUGAAGCGGGCCUCUCCUCCGUCACGAUGAUACAGAGGGGACAAACAUACGUUUUACCUUUUGAAUACUACCAACAAGGAGCCAAGACGAGAUACAAUGACACAUUUCCCACCGACCUAGCCGACCGGAUUGAAUAUACGACUCCGCUUUCAAUCGUCAACAAAAUGGUCAUGGCCCGUUUCCAUGCCAUGGUGAGCCAGAAUACCGAGCAGCUCGACGCUCUAGAGCGUGUGGGAUUCAGAGUGAAAAGAUGCGGUAGUCCAAUAUCCACUCUGUACGAAGAGGGCGGCCGACAUUAUAUUGAUGUAGGAACAUCAGCAAAGGUUGCCCAGGGUCUGAUCAAAGUGAAAUCUGGCACUGCGAUUUCCAGCUACAGUAAAGAUGGCCUCAUGUUUGAUGAUGGCUCUGAGCUGGAAGCCGACAUCAUCAUCCUGGCAACAGGUUUUGAAAUGUCUUUCCGUCCCACCGUUGCUAGGAUUCUAGGCGCCGACAUCGCGGCCCGGGUUGAGGAGUUUUGGGGUCUUGAUGAGGAAGGGGAGGUCCGAGGAGCAUGGAAACCAAUUGGCCACCCGGGAUUAUGGUAUAUGGGUGGCCCUUUUGGACAUAGUCGUUUCUUUUCUCGAUUCGUGUCUUUGCAGAUUAAAGCGGAGCUCGCUGGGACGCCGCUGAUUAUAUACCGCCGUACGCCAGGUAAGGACGAGGAGGGCUGAGGAAAACGGUAAUAUUAAACGAUUGCACCUCUGGACCAUUCAUAUUUCGAAGGUCUAGUUACGAAUAAACUCGCGGUUAAUUUCGAAUUGAGGAAAAUAUAUAUCGUUUCAUAGAGUGAUAUUCUUAUUCCUGCUUAAGUUGUGCGCAUGAGACUACCUUUAAAUGAUCCCAUCAUUCUAGAUACUACCAAGAAAUAUAUUUGGAAUCCUU